AUGCCACUAUCCCUCGAGAUAAUCUUAACGCUACUCGCUCUCUCUAUCCCUACAAUUACAGCUUGUAGAGAGGCCUCAAUAUCUGGAGAAAUUCGCUAUCCUCAAGGCACUUGUCCCACAAAGACUGAAGCUUUGAAUGAUUGUAACAAAGUAACGAAGGGCUUAAUUGACUUUAGUCAAUCGCAUCAACGUGCCUGGGGUAUAGAUAUGACGGCCAAAGUCCAAUGUGCGCCCUGCAUAACUACCGACCCUUGGGAUGUAGUUCUUUGCACUUGCAAGAUCACGGCGCAUAGAUAUCGAGAAUUCGUUCCCAAAAUUCCCUAUAGCAGCUUUAGCUCAGCACCUGGAGUUAUAUUUGGCCAGGAGACUGGUUUAGACCAUGACCCUGAAUGGGUUGUUAACAUGAAAGCAAGGACUCGUGGUUGCGACUAA